GAAGUCCUGUCCAAAGUGUGGCCAGCUCUCACAUGUCAGAAGGUCAGUGUGACUCUGAUGGUAAAAAAAAGUUCAAGAUGAAAACUUUGGUAAAGAAAUACAAACAACCCGAAAAAGAAGAGAUACUUUCCUCUGCAGGGUCUGGUAAAAGAACAAAAAUUCCACACGGUGUGUGUGUCCACAUGACAACUGAGACGAGCCCUGAUGAAAGAUCUUAUGUCUGUAAAGAUUGUGGUAAAAGAUUUGGUGACUGGUCUAAGUUCAGAAAUCACAUGAAAAUCUAUUUAGGAGAGAAGCACUAUUCUUGUAGAGAAUAUGAUCAAAGCGAUAGUGAUGAAGGUAAGCCUUUCUCUUUUAUAGAAUGUGCUAAAAAAUGUAGUUGUAAAACAAAUCUCAAAACACACACGAGAACUCACACAGGAGAGAAGCCUUUUUCGUGUAAAGAAUGUAAUUCAAGAUAUAUUCAUAAACGUAGUCUCAAAACACACAUGAGAACUCAUACUGGAGAGAAGCCUUUUUCUUGUAAACAAUGUGAUAAAAGUUUUAUCAUUACUUCUCAUCUUAAAUCACACAUGAGAAGCCAUACUGGAGAGAAGCCUUUUUCGUGUAAAGAAUGUGACAGAAGUUUUACUCGACGUUUUAGUCUCAAAACACACAUGAGAACUCAUACAGGAGAGAAGCCUUUUUCGUGUAAAGAAUGUGAUUCAAGAUUUAUUCAUAAACGUAGUCUCAAAAGACACAUGAGAACUCAUACUGGAGAGAAGCCUUUUUCUUGUAAACAAUGUGAUAAAAGUUUUAUCAUUACUUCUCAUCUUAAAUCACACAUGAGAAGCCAUACUGGAGAGAAGCCUUUUUCGUGUAAAGAAUGUGACAGAAGUUUUACUCGACGUUUUAGUCUCAAAACACACAUGAGAACUCAUACAGGAGAGAAGCCUUUUUCGUGUAAAGAAUGUGACACAAGUUUUAGUCAAAUGUCUAAUCUUAAAUCACACAUGAGAACUCAUACCGGAGAGAAGCCUUUUUCGUGUCAAGAAUGUGAUUUAAGAUUUAGUUGUAAAUCUCAUCUUAAAACACACAUGAGAACUCAUACAAGAGAGAAGCCUUUUUCGUGUAAAGAAUGUGAUUCAAGAUUUAUUCAUAAGCGUAGUAUCAAAGCACACAUGAGAACUCAUACUGGAGAGAAGCCUUUUUCGUGUAAAGAAUGUGACAGAAGUUUUAGUCGACUAUCUAGUCUCAAAAGACACAUGAGAACUCAUACAGGAGAGAAGCCUUUUUUUAACAAAUGAACCCCCCAGCAGUGAUUAUAAGGAGGAACAAGUGUUUAUUGAAUGCAGAGAGAGAAGAACAGUUUUCUGAAAAAAUCCCUCUACGAUUCUUCUGAUAGAAUAUUCUAAUUUUGAAGACUAUUUUUUAGAUCUUCCUCAUCUAUAGGUCACUAUGAUCACAUUAUUCUUAAGGAAGAAAUCUGUAGGUGAUUCUAUACAUCAUGAGUUUUACUUUUGUGUUGAUUAACAAAAAUAUUUAAGUUGAUCACCACAUUUCUUAUUUUACCUAUAUUUGUAAGUUGAAAUGUCUUGUUUUAAUUAUGAUCAUAAGGUUUGAUUUUUUUUUUAAUGUUGUUAAUAAUAUAAAAUGUUUGUUGGUUGAUUUUUAUUUAUAGAUUUUUGUUUGAAGUUGUUUAGUUAACCAUUGUGGUUGUAGUUUAAGUUGAGAUAUUGUUGUCUAUGUUCGUGUGUUACCAUGACAACACUAGAAUGAUGUAAAACAUCUCUUAUUCGAACUGUUUUUUUAAUGUGAUCAGUGAACAUUUCAAUACUGUUUUCUUUAAAUAUAAUAUAAUCACAGGUUAGAUUUUGUUGAGUCAUGUAUGUAAAUAACAGUUUUGUGAAAAAAAAGAAUUCCUAAAAAUGUUUUAAGGAGGUUUAAGGUAAAGAGUCAAACUGGUGUUUGUGUUGUUGUGAUUCCUGUUUUGUAUCAGAGAUUAGAAGUGUUUCUCUGUUCUUUUUAGUUCUCAGUGUUCUAUUCCAAUCUUUCCUGUGAAGAAUAAAGUGGACGUGAACAUCA